GCAUAUAAUAAAGUUUACUAUAAGAUAUAGAUAUAUAAGUGUUUCUAUUAUCGACCCAGAACAUUAAAUCAGUUUUACGAAAUCGUACAAGAAAAAAUAGAUAGCAAGUAUAUCUUACUCGGUACAAUUGCAACAAUCGAAGAUAAAUGUAGUCUGUAUAAUUUGAUAUACUGUCACUUGUCUGCAAUUCGAUAACCUGAAUUUCUCUUUAAAUUCUAGUUUUAACUAUUCGUGUAUUGUGCAUCAGCGUGUAUCCGUUUUACGUAACACAUAUACCGAUUCAUUUUAUCAAGAAUAUGGAUUUGACAAAUUUACAUUUCUCAUUCUGUAAGGUUUAAACUUCACAAAACACAUACUCAGCUUCGUCCCUCGAACAUUAUUUGGUACUCGCUAAAGUAUGUCAAAACACGCCAUCUACUCGAGGUUUUAAAGUGAACGAAGAGACUUCUGUAUUGCAGACCGAAACUUAGUCACCGUAUACGUUAUCAGGCAUUUUUAAAAGACAAUUAUGAUGGCAAGUAAAGGUUGGAAGGUGGUAAAACCGCACGUGCCUAUGAUUAAAUUCCGCAAGGGCGGAAUUAGUAGAGCUACCGCAGCUCCGGGUAUUACAUCGGCUGCAUCAUCUGCGCAACCAGCGCCGAGUAUUCCAAAGCCAAAAACUGGUGCAACGGGGCCCAACGUUACCGUUUUGCCAACAAUAGAUGAUCUUCAUUUGCCGAAACGAUUUCAAAGACGAGCCAUCGACGAAAAAGAAAUCGCUUAUAUCAAUAGAGGUGGGCCAGAAUAAACUUCCUGAAUUACCUCUAGAACUCUGUCACAUUUAGAAUAUUUAAUGCGAGUCAUUUUACUAUUACAUUUUUCUGUAAAAAGUAUUCUGUAAAUAAACGCGAGCAAACUAA